AUGGAGCGGUGCGUGGACGAGAGAGCAUUGAAAUCAAGUUUGCGUGGAGAGUUGCCGAAUAAAUCGACGCAGCAAGAGUUGUCGGAGGAACAACUCGUAAAAGAUUCCCUUUCCGGCUCGUCCUCCCAAGAACAAGCCGGCGAUGAUGGUUCCAAUUCCACCCAUUUCUCUGGAACCACUGACUCUAAGUCUCAUCUUCCUAGCGAACUUGCCGUUCCUAACGAUGAUUUUUCAGAGCUUGAAUGGGUUUCCCACUUUGUUGACGACUCCCUAUCAGGCUUCUCUCUUUCGUAUGUCGUUGGAAAACAGAAAGCUGAAACUCUUACUACGAACCAGUCCGAACAACCGGAGAAUAGACCAAGACCGAGUUCAACAACACGCCAGGCGAUAGUAGUGGUGGUGGCAAUGAUAGAAGCAGCAACUGUUGCAAACUUUUCUGGUAUGGAUUUAGAUCUAACCGUGGAUCCAAAUGAACCUACUGACUGUUUAUGUAACCAAGUUAGCUACGGUGAGAUGGUUGAUUGUGAUAAUCCCGAUUGCAAAAUAGAGUUUUGGGUGUGUUGGUUUGAAAGAACAACUGAAAGGAAAAUGGAGGACGAGUCUGGGGUUGCUAGUUUCAGUAGAUACAAACCUUGCCCCUCAACUGCUUGA